AUGCCCAUUCGGAAACUCGACCCUUCGGUCGUCAAUAGGAUCGCUGCGGGCGAAAUCAUCAUCCAGCCUGCCAAUGCCUUGAAAGAGCUAUUGGAGAACUCUGUGGACGCUGGGGCGACGAACGUGGAUAUUCUUGUGAAAGACGGUGGAUUGAAGUUGCUUCAGAUUACUGAUAACGGGUGUGGCAUUGGCGUGGACGAUAUGCCUUUGCUUUGUGAGAGGUUUGCUACUUCUAAGCUUACACUGUUCGAUGACCUCGAGAGUUUGGCGACUUACGGGUUUCGAGGCGAGGCGUUGGCUUCCAUUUCUCAUAUUGCACGGUUGAGUGUUGUGUCUAAGACUCCAGAAACGCCGUUGGCGUACAAGGCGUUCUAUACUGGUGGACAAUUGGCUACGCCUAAGUUCAAGGUGGAAGACGCGGAUAAAACAGCACCAAAGCCCGUGGCAGGUAAAAACGGUACUCAGAUCACCGUGGAAGACCUCUUCUAUAAUGUACCAGCGCGUCUUCGGCUGAUGAAACUGAAAUCGGACGAGUUGGCGCAGAUAUUGGAUGUGGUGGGUAAGUACGCGAUCCACACGUCUGGAGUGGGCUUUACGUGUAAGAAGUUUGGCGAAUCGACGCCUUCGUUGGCUACUAGACCACAGGCAGAGCUUAAGGAGCGGUUGAGGACGGUUUUUGGCGUGAACGUCGCCAGUGACAUUAUAGAGUUCUCCAAGGACGGACCGUUUGAGGAGUAUGGGCUUUUGAAAGUCAGUGGAGCAAUCACAGGGCUCAAUUAUAAUAACAAGAGACGAUCAAUACCUGUGUUUUUUAUUAAUAACCGUUUGGUUUCGUGUGAUCCCCUCAAACGUGCUCUUGUGUCGUUAUACCAGGUAUUUCUACCCAAAGGCAGUUACCCAUUCUUUUACUUGAACUUGGAAAUCAAGCCACAAAACGUUGACGUUAAUAUUCACCCUACAAAGAGAGAAGUUCGGUUUCUACACGAAGAAGAGAUUAUAGAGUGGAUCACUGGUUUGGUCCAUGAUACGCUUUCUUCCCACGAUACAUCCCGAACGUUCAAACAAAGCACGUUCAAAAGAGCCACCGACGGCGUGGACGACGUUGCUACGCUGGUCAAAAAAUACCGACAAGAAAACAAACUUGUUAGGGUGGAUGCCUCCCAGCCAAAACUUGAAGCGUUUGUAAGAGACACCAGAAACAUCAACACUAUCCUACAAGACGCCAGGCACGAAGAAACCGUCCCAGAAGAAUCUUCCCAGCGAAGAGAAGUCCAGCUCGACAGUAUCCAAGAGCUCAAAGAAGAAGUUCUGAACCAAGUGCACCGGCCACUCACCAACGUCUUCAACAACCUAGUCUAUGUUGGAGUGGUUGACGGCCGCCGCAGGCUUUGUUGCUUCCAAUAUGACGUCAAACUCUUUCUCUGCGACUACGCGGCCGUGCUAUCAGAGUUCUAUUACCAGGUUGGGCUCACUGAAUUUGCCAAUUUCGGUCGCUUUGUACUAGAACCAGCCGUGCUGAUGCAUGAGGCUUUGGCACCACUUUACGAAACCCACUCUGGCCUUCUUCCCCGCGAGCAGGUGGUCUCAACCAUUACUGGAAUGGGGGAAAUGUUCCAGGAGUACUUUGAAAUGGACGUGAGUGAAGGAAUGCUUCGUUCCGUGCCUCUCCUUCUAGCUGGCGCAGACCCUGCUUUAGCGAAACUACCAUACUUCAUCUACCGUCUAGGCACCAAAGUGGACUACCAAGAUGAAAAAACAUGUCUCAGCCAAAUCCUCCGCCAGAUCGCCCUUCUCUACGUGCCUUCCCCUGUCGACUCCCCCAGCCACGCCGAAUCUUCCACCCAGGCCUCCUCCAUAAACGACCAACUAGAGAAUGUGGUUUUUCCCGCCGUACGCCAGAGACUCGUUGCCCCACCUUCGCUCAUGGACCAUGUUGUGCAACUAGCCGAUCUCCCGGGCCUCUACAAGUUAACUGCUUUGUCUUUCCUUAUCGCCAUGUUGAUCGAGGCCUCUGUUAACGACAAGUACAUGAAAACCCUUUCGUUGGGGAGUUUCCCGCUGAAGGUGCUUGAAUUCCAGGAACUGCCUGACUUCUUCCAGCAGACGGUGUUUGUGGAUUACCAGCUUCAGCUACUUAUCCAGCACGACUUGGGUGACGCUAUCGCUUCGAGGAAGAACACGGAUGCUGCCAAGGCGGCCCUGGAGAAGUUGGUCCAGUUGAAAAACUACAUUUCGUCUAUAAACGCCAACUACUCUGCCAGGAAUAAGUCUUAUGAGGAGUCCUUGUACUAUACUGUGGUGUUGGCUGACUUGCACUACUUGAGCUCGGAAUACGACCACAUGUCUGCGACGCUUUCUUCGUUUACCUUGACCCAAUCCCCUCGCCUAGACUCCCAGGACCAGGAAGACUUUGUGGACUACUUGACCGCUAGAUUCUACGCCCUUUACGGGUCCGGAAAGCGUGAAGGUGCUUAUAAACACUGGCUUGAGUACUUGGCUAACUUGCGUAAAUACGGCACCAAGAGUCAAAUCGCUGCCAACAGGUGGCAGGACACCAUUUUGCUUAGGGUGGUUGGUCUUUUGAGCUCCAAUGGCUCGAGACCGUUGCGUUUCAAGGACAUUCUCUCCCAGACGUUCAGCGAGAACGCAUGCAGCAUCACUGCCAUCUCCAGUUUCUGCUUGAGACCUGAAAAUGAAAAACACGUUGUUAAGGAGUUCAGAGGCGACUUUGUCGUGUUCUUGACGGAACUCAUCAACAACAAAAUCAAACAAAAGAAGGACUUCCCAGAUGCUUCGGCUGAGACCAGCGAGGAGGAUGAUUUCAUUGAUUCUCUUUACGAGGCCCUUUACGAUAUCUCCACACAAAGACCGCUUGUGGCCCAAGUGCUCAAACCAAAGCUUUCCAAGAAGUUCUUGGUCAACAUGACUGAAAAGACAUACCAGAGCUUCACUGUGCUCUCCAACUUAAUCAGAACUUUGCUCGACUUGGAGGAGUACGACGAAGCCAUUGCUGCUCUCAAGACCUACAUUGACUAUGUCGAGAAGGACCAAGAGCAAAACCACGGCCGUGUUAAUAAUAUCUUGGAUGUCAUUGACAUUUAUACCAUGUGCAUCCAACACUUUAAUCCAAAACACUCCAUGAUUCCAUCUGCUCAGGAAAGUGACUUGCCAAAGAAGUUCAAGUACACUAGCUUAUACUCGGUUGUCGAGCAACUCAAGGGUUUCACCAAGCAGCUCUCUAAUUACUUGAAGGAACUCGCUACUGUGGCCGAGUUGCGUUAUGAUGAAGAGGUCGGUUUGCAAGACAACAGAUUAUCCUUCUUAUACCACAGAUACAACACCAAUUUGGUAAUGAACGACCAGUCGAAAUUCGUUCGUAUCGUGUCCAAAGCAUGGUUUGUGAUGGGUGACCUCCAUUCCUACUUGGCUUCUCACCUGUCUCCUACGCAUGAAAUCAUGAAGGAGAACACCGAAUUGGUUCUCAAGUACUGGAAGAACAGUCUUAUCGUCAACUCUACUGGUAACUCCAGCUUGCUUUUUAGAUACGCCUUGGAGUUGUCUUACAACAACCUCGUUGGUCCUGCUUUGAAGUUGUGUAAGUUUACUUUGAAGAAAUACCCAGAGCAGUUCCAGGUCUGGAACUUGUUUGUGUUGUUACACUCUGCUGCUGAAGCUGAGAAGGCUAGCACGGAUAAUGCCAUCAACCAAGUUGACGAUGCUGCUGUCUUGGAGGAUCUUAAGAAGAAUGGUUCCGAUUCCUCCAAGGCCCCAGAGUCUGAAAGAUUUGUUGAAGACGCUUUGAACAUUGCUGGUCUUUACAUGCAAAAGUCCCAUCAAAAGGGCACUUCCAUUUCUUUCCAGAAGAAAUACUCUAUCUUGCAAUUGAAGAAGACACAGCUUGCCAUGUUGGAAGCCAAGCAUGGAAUUGACUUCAUCUUGGACUCCAUUGCUGAAGUUUUCGUGCUUUACCGUGAAUUGUUCGAACAAGGCGUCAAGCCCGAGCACAACUCUAACCAGAACAACAACACCCUUCAACCCCCACACUUAUCUGCCGUUGCUUCCAGAGCCGAAAGCAAAUGGUCCCACCGUCCUAGUGUGAUUGACCCUGCUGUGACUGAACUCAAGGUUGAUAAGUCUGCCCUGAGGGAACAUCGUGCUGCAGCCAAGGACAAGAUCAAGAGAUUGUCCAGGGUUGGUGGUGAUAGCAGUACCGGUAAGACAUCCAGCAAGGCCCAACAGGAAGUCCAGCCUGCCUCCAAGCCAGCCCGUCGUGUUUUGCAAGACGUUUGGUUAUGGGCUGCAUCCAUUUACCUUAGAUUGGGUUCGUUGGAAGAAGCUGAAGAGUGUAUUGUUGAAGCCGAAACUGUUGCACCACCUAAUGUCAAGACAUUCACAUUUUUGGGUCUUUUGACGUCCAAGUCCCGCAAGUUCUUGUCUCUUCAAGAAUUCGAAAGAUCGUUGGAAGAGUUCCACCACCCAGAAGAAAAAUUCAACAAGAAGGCAUACGGCACGACGUUGCUUGGAAUGUGCAAGCUCUUUAUUGAAGAUGACGAUCCUGAAAACUCUCUUUUCAUCUCCAACAAGGACGUGGAUGCCGGAUUGAUCAGAAUCAAGAACUACUUAGAAGACUUUAGCAACUGCUGGGCCUACGGCUACAACAGCCCUGAGCUUUGGUACUACUUGAGUACCAUCUACGAGAAGUUUGACGACAAGCUCUUGUUCAACGAGGCACUCUGGAAGUGCGUCGAGCUUGAGAACAGGCGUCCUGUGAGAGCAUACUCUGUUUGUGAAGAAUGGAUCUAG